GUUGUUAACAAAUACCAUAUAUGACUAAAUACAUUUUUGGAAAUAAUUUGAUAGUGUAGUACCAGCUAAAUAUACGGUGAUCAUCAAGGUCGAUAACAAUUUCGAUAUUUUCGUGGGGUCAAAGAUACUCUGGCAGCACCAUUGUCUUCCAAGUAUUUACGAGUGCGUUGUACUAAUAUUUAUUUUGUUGUGGAUUUCCUAUACUGUUAACAAGUGCAAAUCAGAACUAAAUGGCGAGCUUAAAUAAUAGAACCGAUGGCACGAGUAAAUUGUGCUGUUAUGCACAUCCUGAUGCACCGUUAAUAGAAGAUUAUAGAGCUGGAGAUAUGAUAUGUUCAGAAUGUGGUCUCGUCGUUGGUGAUAGAGUCAUUGACGUAGGAUCAGAGUGGAGGACAUUUAGCAAUGAAAAAAGUGGUGUCGAUCCGAGUCGUGUUGGCAGCGCUGAAAAUCCGUUGCUUGGUGGAGGAGAUUUGUCUACAAUCGUUGGUCCGGGAACCGGAUCUGCAUCUUAUGAUGCUUUCGGUGCUCCAAAAUAUCAAAAUCGUCGUACAAUGAGUAGCUCUGAUAGAUCAUUAAUUUCUGCUUUUAAGGAAAUAUCUACCAUGGCCGAUAGGAUAAACUUGCCUAAAACGAUUGUUGAUCGAGCGAAUAAUCUUUUCAAGCAGGUACAUGAUGGCAAAAAUCUCAAAGGACGAUCAAAUGAUGCUAAAGCAUCAGCAUGCUUAUAUAUUGCUUGCCGACAAGAAGGCGUACCACGCACCUUUAAGGAGAUUUGUGCUGUUAGCAAAAUUAGUAAAAAGGAAAUCGGACGCUGUUUUAAGUUGACACUCAAAGCUCUAGAAACAAGCGUAGACUUGAUUACAACUGCUGAUUUUAUGUCUAGAUUCUGCGCUAAUCUAGAUUUGCCAAAUAUGGUGCAGCGGGCAGCAACAUAUAUAGCAAAGAAAGCUGUGGAAAUGGAUAUUGUUCCGGGAAGAUCACCAAUUUCAGUGGCAGCCGCAGCUAUCUACAUGGCGUCUCAGGCUUCCGAACAUAAACGUAGCCAGAAAGAAAUUGGUGAUAUUGCAGGCGUAGCCGACGUAACAAUUAGACAGUCGUACAAGCUGAUGUAUCCACACGCAUUGAAGUUAUUCCCCGAAGAUUUCAAGUUCACCACACCUAUUGAUCAACUACCACAAAUGUAGAGUUCCCUAUUGGUUUUAUAAUUCAACAAUAUUGCUUAGUAAAAUAAAUGAAAUCUGUAUUUUUAAAUAUUAUUAUACCUACUUCAUCAUUAUUAUAAUUUUUUAUCACCGAUAAAUAAAACCCCUUGAUUAGGGGAAAAUGAAAUUAAAGUA